GCCUGCACAUCUCGCCAUCAAGGUCGAUUAGUCGCGUGUAUUAAUCAAAAGGUCAGGCCAAUCUCGCUCCAGGAAUGAUUGCACUUCACGCAUACUGGGCGACCUUGUCAAUGGCGAUGAACAACAACCCUUCCACCGAAAGCCAGGUCAUGAAGCAAGAGAUCUCCUCUUCGACCCCGCUCAAUGACCGAGCUCCAUCGCUGUCAGUAAAUCCAGAGCUUCAAGAGGUAGGUCAUUCUGUUGUAAUAAGUAGCAGGCCUAUCCUCAUUCAUCUCGGACCAUCUUAUCUUGCGAAGCUCGCUACAGUAUCUUUAUCAUCCUUGCAGUACAUCUAACUUGAAGCGAAAAUGGUCGACGCAGUCAAAUCAGCUUUGGGCAUGGGCAAAACAGUCCCAGACUUCGAUGACCUUCCCAAGGUCGAGGGAAUGCCACAAGGCUGCGCGUGGGGAGUCUGGGAUAAAUUCCGAGAGGACGGAAAGAAAGAUAUCUAUGGUACUCUGAACCUCCUCACUCCAGCAGUUGUCAAGGCUGCCUACGCCGAAGCUAAAGAAGGCGUCCAUGUAUCCUUGAACUGGCCCAUUGGAGCCAUCAAGACACCCGGAUUCAUGCGUAAAGGACUUGUGCACAAGACUUUCUCCUUCGUCGACACUCCUCUGGCGGCCCACGGCUACGAUGAUGAGAUCGAAUUCAAUACUCAGUGCAGCUCCCAGUGGGAUUCUCUGAUGCACUUCCAUCAUCAACCAAGUCAGUCAGGCUACAAUGGCAUCAAGACUACUGCAGAGGAACUGGUGCAAGCGCAUGGCAACGAAGACAAGGAUAAAAUGAUCGCAACUUUGAACCACUGGCACGAUCGUGGCGGAAUGGUGGCACGUGGAGUUUUCAUCGACUUCAAGAAAUAUGCCGAUGAGACUGGCCGAGCUUUCAAUCCCUACACGGAUGACAAGAUCACAAUCGAAGACAUCGAGACCAUUGCAAAGAAGCAGGGUGUUGAGUUCAGGGAAGGCGAUGUCAUCAUCAUUCGAUCUGGCUUCACUGAGGGCUUGACUGAUAAGACUGGCGAGGAGCAAGAGAAACUCAUGGGUUCUCACCGUGUCUGUGGUGUUGUCGGCACCCCAGAGGCGGCCAAGUGGUUCUGGAACAAGCACUUCUCGGCAGUCGCAGGCGACAUGAUCGCAUUCGAGCACAUCCCGUCCGUGGUCGAUGGUAAAGAAGUACCAGUCUCCGACCUGGUGUUGCAUCAAUACUUCCUGGCCCUGUUUGGAAUGAGCAUUGGCGAGCUCUGGGAUCUGAAGGCAUUGAGCGAGACUUGUGCCAAGUUGAACCGAUAUUCUUUCUUGUUGACCAGUGUGCCAUUGAAUGUGCCAGGUGCUAUUGGCUCGCCACCAAAUGCUUUGGCCAUCUUCUAAAGAAGGACGAUAUCGAAUCUGCUCCAGAGUAUGUACGCAAGUAGUUUGCAGACCAGAUACUGAAAUUCUUGCC